CUCGACCUUUUGGAGGCUUGGACGGGUUAGGUUCUUAGAUCUGGUCUAUUCCCCCCCUCGCAUAACACUAAUACUCGGUUAUCUAUUCCUUUCUUUCUUUCAUUGUUACCAUCGUUAAUAUUUGAUAGUCGAUACGAUUCACAGGGAUUAGGGAAAGAGAGCUCCUUCAUCAAUGGCGGUCUUUCACCUAUUCGUCAGGCUUCUUGAUGGCAGAUCUUGCUAUCUAGAAUUUCCUUCCCCAACCAUCUCAGGCGAUAUCAUUAAGACGCAUCUCCACAAGGUUACCAACAUCCCUCCACAACACCAACGAUUAUGCUCCGGCGUUCGAAACAUCAGCGAAGAUACCUUACUUACAGCCUCUCUCGAUGGAAAUUUCCCUACUAUUCAUCUCCUUCUUCGUCUUCUCGGUGGCAAAGGAGGGUUCGGUUCCCUCCUUCGAGGCGCUGCCACUAAAGCCGGCCAGAAGAAGACCAACAACUUCGAUGCCUGCAGGGAUAUGAGUGGCCGGAGGCUUCGUCACGUUAAUGCCGAGAAGAAGUUAGAGGAGUGGAAAGCUGAGGUUGAGGAGCGCAAACUCGAGAAGAUCGCCGAGGAUUUCCUCAAGAAGAAGGCAAAGGCAGUGAAGAAAUCGGGUUCGGGGGAUUCGGAGAAGUAUAUCGAGAAAUACAGGGAAGAUUCGGCCAAAUGUAUGGAAGAGAUCGAAGCAUCUGUAAGGGAAUCCUUCCGUCUUUACGAAAAUUCAAAGCGAAAGGACUUGCUCGCAACGGAGUCGGCAUCGAAACGGUUGAAGAUAUGGACGGGAAAGAGAAAUGUGGAUGAAAGCGAUAGCGAUGACGAAGAGGACGAGGAUGAGAUUGAAAGCGAGGAAGAAGAGAAAUCUGUUGUUCUGGAUGAUGGGUGUCAUGAAAGGCAAAAUAAAGAUGGUGAGGGAAGUUCAGGAUCGGUUUCUGAUGGGCAGUCCUCUGGCGGGACCUCUCCACGGAGCAAUUUGGAUGAAGAAAAUGAUGUUGCAAAGAAAGAAGGGUUUGACUUGGGCGAAAGUUCGGCAGGUGUUGUUCAUUCCGAACCAAAUGAUUUUAUUCAACCUGAAUUGGGUGUGCGUGAAGAUAAGGUCGUUAAGAGCAUUGAUGCCCUUGCUGAAGACGGCGGUUCUCUUGAACCUACACUUGUUAGUCGGGAAGAAAUGCUCAAUACCAACCCCUCUCAUUCAGGAGUUACUGAAGAUUCUGAAAAAGCACCCAACGUCACCGACUCAAAUGAUUUUGUUGAGCCAAAGCAUGAAGUUCAUGAAACAGGGGAAACCACUGAGUUGGAGAAGCCACUGAAUUUUGACAACUAUCAGUCAGCAGCAGAGAUGGAGGUUCUUGGCAUGGAAAGGUUAAAAACAGAAUUGCAGACACGUGGACUGAAAUGCGGGGGCACCUUACAGGAGCGUGCAGCUAGGCUUUUCCUACUCAAAACAACACCUCUUGAAAUGCUUCCCAAGAAAUUGCUUGCUAAAAAGUGACCUUAUUCAGUAUGCUUUUUCUGACUUGUUUCUUAUGUAGAGGAACAUGUUUCCUUCUAACCAAAUUAUGAGAUCUAAGUAAAGCAUGCAUGUGUAUUUUUGAAGUCUUCAGAAAAUCAUGGAUAAGGUCAUGUAAUAUGUUACAAGUCAUGUUAUCUACAUGCUUGAAAAUGAAUGGACUAUGGAGCAUUAGUUUGUUGUUGGCUUGCAUAAAUCAAUUCAGUCAUGAAAUUAGUUUUAAACA